AUGUCGUCCUCAUCGAGCUCGAGAUCAGGAUCUCGUCCUCAACCUCCCAGCAACAACAACAACAACAACAACAGCAACGAUAACAGUAACAACAACUUCCACCAAUCCGCCGCCUCCUACUUCUCGUACCCGGUCACCCACGUCGUCUCCGGUCUGUACCGCCGCCUCACCGACCCCCCCUCCACCAACACCAACACCAUGCGCCGCAAAACCACCAACAACAGCAACAACCCCCAGGUCUUCACCCCGGUCCGAACGGCCUCCCCCUUCCAACCCCCACCCCUCACCCCACUCACCCUGUCCUCCCCCUCCCCGCACCUCUCACGCUCCCUGGCCGAAGAAAUCCGACUGCUCGUGCCCCCGCGCCUACAGCUCAUCAACACCUGGGAGCUGGCCUACAGCCUCGACCGCGACGGCGCCUCGCUGUCCACCCUGUACGACAACUGCCGCGAGAUCUCCGCCCGCUCGCCGCGCGCUGGCUACGUGCUCGUCAUCCGCGACGCCUCGCCCGCCUCCUCCCCCGCCGUCUUCGGCGCCUACAUGACCGAUCCCCCGCACCCGGACUCGCACUACUUCGGCACAGGCGAGUGUUUCCUCUGGCGCGCCAGUGUGUUGGCCCCGUCGUCUGCUAUGGCCGGGUUGGAUCUUUUGGCUGCUGGCGACGAGAAUCAGAAUGGCGAGUGGUUGGAGAAAGCCGGAUUUCCGUUGCCGCCGUCCGCUGAUACAACUCAUGCGGGGCGGUCGACGACUUUGCGUGGUGGUGGUGGUGGGAGUGGUGGAAGUGGGGCUGGGGAUCAGAGGCUUGCGCCACCGUCGGGGGGUGGUGCGUAUGCCCAUGGAGGUGACGGAGGUAGUGGACGCACGAGUGGGACUGCUACCCCGGAGCAGAUUCGUUUCAAGGCGUUUCCGUAUAGCGGCGUCAAUGAUUAUAUGAUGUUUUGUGAGACGGGGUUCUUGAGUCUUGGUGGGGGGGAUGGGCAUUACGGACUUUGGGUAGACUCGAGCCUGGAGAAGGGCGUGAGUGCGUCCUGUCAGACGUUCGGGAAUGAGCCGCUCUCCGAUGAGGGCGUCAAGUUUGAUAUUCUUGGCGUGGAGGUGUGGUAUGUUGGUUCUUAGGUAUAAUGCGGGCACACCGGAAUGGAGAGGAUAGAGCUCGGAGGCAUGUGUGACUAUCAUCUGCUGGCAGAAUGGUCGAUAAUAUGUGCAAUGCAUUGAUUGGUGUCCUUGGGAUCAGGAGGGCUGAUGCUCUACGCUAGCC